AAGUAAAACAGUAAUAUUGAGCCUUUUAAGUUAAAUCAGUAUUGAAUAUUUCUGAAUAAGAACAGGUUAAGAAAAGAUCAUCCUGAACUUAAGGCUUAAAGAGAUGAAUGUAUCUGCAGCUAAUGUGACGGUGGUUUUAGAUUAUCGGGAUUCCUUUACCAAGGCUGUGAUAAAGAAUGUCAUUGUUGUGGUCCUUAGCAUUUCCAUAAACUACAUCAAUGCAGGAAUCAUUCGUACCUUCUGUGAACACCAGAUCUUCUACACUAAUCCUCGGUACAUCCUGUUUUUUCACUUGGUGAUCAAUGACAUGAUCCAAGUGUCGCUGACUGUGACUCUUUUCAUAAUAAGCUACAUCAUCUACAAGAUACAAGUGUUUGUCUGUUGCAUCUUAAUCCUGACUGCCCUGUUUGCCACUGAAAACACCCCACUGAACCUGGCCUGCAUGGCAGUGGAGUGUUACAUCGCCAUCUGCAUUCCUCUUCGUCAUCCUCAGAUCUGCACAAUCAAAAGAACACGGUUGCUUAUUUCUCUGAUCUGGACCACCAGCAUGUUGUCUGUUCUCCCUGAUCUCUUCAUUACCUUGGCCACAGAACCACUCGACUAUUUUAAUCAACAUGUGUUUUGCCUCAGGGAAACCGCUUUUCGAAAUCCCAAAAUAAUCGAAAGGAGAAAUAUUACCUAUACCGUAUAUCUGGUUCUAGUUUGGUGUGUUAUAUUUUACACUUAUUUUCGGAUAUUAUUCACAGCUAGAUCAGCAAGUAAAGAUGCUAAAAAGGCGAGGAACACAAUCCUCCUCCAUGGAUUUCAGCUUCUGUUGUGUAUGGCGGGGUAUGCAGAACAUCAGGUGAAAGAGGCAGUGUUGCAAUGGUUUCCAAAGUAUUACUCAGACUCUCUGUUUGCUUGUUAUAUCAUUUUCCAAAUACUCCCAAGAUCUAUUAGUUCAAUCAUCUAUGGCAUAAAGGAUAAAACUUUCAGGAAGCAUCUGAAAGGGCACUUAGUAUGUAAGGUGAGUUCACAUUAA